CCAAAUCAUGUUAAUCCUAACAUUCCUCAUUAAUCCUUAUGAACAUCGGCUUUGAGUUAGAAUUUAGCGUCUCCCCCGUCAAAGAAAAAGAAUUCAGUGUCUCCCUCCUACCCAAAAAAUACGUCGCAUCUCCUUCCUCCUCCUCCCGCAACCGCAUCCACAUCCACCUUCUCUUAACACCCUACAAAAGCAGCAUCUUUACUUGUAGUUAUAUCUCUAGUCGCCGGUGCCUCUGCCAACCACCUCUCCUUCUCUGCUGUUGCUAUUCUCGGACGGGCUCCCCUCCUGCCCUCCCUCAGGGACGGGCCUGAAACUGAUGAUAAAAUUACUGUAUGGUUAGUGGUAGUAGCCUUGUAAUGGAAGAACUUACACUAGAGGGCGAGUCUGAAGACGAGGAUGUUGAUUUUAAUCCAUUUCUGAAGGAGAGUCUUUCGGGAGAGGGUUCAUCGAGCUUGAGCUUAGAAGUGGAAGGGUUGGAUACUGAUGUUGUUAAUAGUCAUGUUGGGAAUGUAGUUUCUGCUGAUACUCAUGGGUCACGCAAGGGGAUGGCUGAUGUUGCUCAUGAGGGGGAAAGUAGUGAUUUUUGUAAGAGGGGUUCGGUUUUAGUUUUGGGUCUGGAAAACGAUAAGGUUCCAGAUAAGGAGAAUGAGUUGAAUAGUGGAACUGAUGCUGUUGAGGAUGUUUUAGAGGCCGAGAUGAGAAUGGUUAGCUUUAGGAACAAACCUGUAAUUGAUUUGGAUGAUGAGGAAGCUAUUUGUAAACGGACUAGAGCUCGGUAUUCUCUCGCCAGUUUUACGCUUGAUGAGUUGGAGACAUUUCUACAAGAAACUGACGAUGAAGAAGAUAUUCAAAAUGUUGACGAGGAAGAAGAGUAUAAGAAGUUUCUUGCAGCAGUUUUGAAUGGAGGGAAUGGGGAUCAAGGGAAUAUGGAGGGUAAUGGUGAUGAUGACGACGAAGAUAAUGAUGCAGAUUUUGAGAUUGAAAUUGAAGAAGCGCUUGAGAGUGACAUUGAUGAUUGUGUUUUGACGCCUUAUACGGAUGAGAGGUUUGAAAGAGCUAGUCGGCGUUCUGAGACUAGGCGAAAGGGACAGAAAAAGGCCAAUGCCCAAAAUAAAAAGAAGGUAGCGCAGCAGGGAAAGAUGCCAUUGCGUCCGCUAUUGCCUGUUAUUCCCACUACACCUGUUCCCUGUCUUGGCUCUAGAUAUCAUGCAUUUGAGACUAAUUCGCAGUUCCCCCAGCGUGAUCAAGGUUUUUUAGUGAAUGGAUUCCAGCCUCAUCAGAUAGGUCAACUGCAUUACUUAAUAUAUGAACAUGUACAGCUCCUUGUCCAAGUAUAUUCACUUUCUGUCCUUGAACCGUCCCGGCAGCAUAUUGCAUCUCAAACUAAGGGCCUACUGGCGGAACUGCUUCACAAACGUGAUCUAGUACUAGCCUGGAGAAAUGGACCUUACUCCACUUCUUGUUUUCUUCCCUCGUGCACUUUCCCGUCUGUUUCGGUUGAAAAUAAAGAGGACUCUGGUGUAUCACCUAAUGAUGGUCAGGACUGUCGAUGGUAUCCGGUUGUAGGUGGUUCUGUGCUAUCAGUUUUGGAUGUUGCACCAUUGAAGUUAGUUGGAAGAUAUAUUGAUGAUGUUUCUAAUGCUGUACGAGAGCAUCAAAGGCGCUGUUUGGAAACUACUAAUAUAUAUUUAGAAAAACAGCCUCUUUUCCCCCUUCCUAUUCGUUCUUCGCCUGAAGUGGAUCAUAAUAUUUCUAAAGGAGUCGAUCGAUCAUUAAAUACCAAUGAUUUAUCACCAAAUAAGAAUGUGGCUAAAAAGACAUUGGCUGCUACCCUUGUUGAAAGUACCAAGAAACAAUCCGUCGCUUUGGUCCCCCAACAAAUUACAAAACUGGCACACCCCUUUUAUUCGUUGUUUAAUCCAGCAUUAUUUCCUCACAAGCCACCUACCUCUGCUGUUGCUAAUCGGGUGCUUUUCACGGAUGCUGAAGAUGUGUUGCUUGCAUCGGGAAUAAUGGAAUAUAAUAAUGAUUGGAAAUCUAUUCAACAGCGUUUUUUGCCUUGCAAAUCAGAGCAUCAGAUUUUUGUAAGAGCAAAAAACCGCUGUUCCGCUAAGGCACCUGAUAAUCCAAUAAAGAAUGUAAGAAAGAUGAAAACAUCUCCACUCACAGAUGAGGAGAAAGCUCGUAUUCAGGAGGGACUAAAAGCAUUCAAACUUGACUGGAUAUCAGUUUGGAGAACUAUGGUUCCCUAUAGGGAUCCAAAUCUGCUCCCUCGGCAGUGGCGCAUUGCUAUUGGAACCCAGAAAUCAUACAAAGCUGAUUCAGCUAAGAAAGAGAAACAUAGAGUAUAUGAGUCAAACAGGAGAAGAAGCAAAGCUGCAGCUGUGGAUUACUUUCAGACUGGAUUUGAAAAGGAGAAUGAAAGUGGGGAGGACUGCAUAGAAAAUGAAGCAUAUGUUCAUGAAGCUUUUUUGGCCGACUGGAGACCCACUCCCACUGUAGUGGUUCCUUCCAAAAUAUCAGCUUCAAGCCUUAAGUCUGGAUGUCUUGUCGGAGAUGUACCAUUUGCUGGGUCCUAUAAUGUCCAGAACGGGAUAGAUAAUCAACGGAACGAAGCAUCUCAAUCUGGCAAAGUUCAUGCCAACAAGGUCUCAGCUGCUUCAGAAGAUUCCCAUCUACAUUGCAAAUCUGUGCAUCCUCACAUGACUUCUAGCUUUCCUCCGCCUAUACCAAUUUCAGAAACGUUUGAUCAAUCAGUGUUUCGGUCCCAGAGGGCUGGAAAGCCUAGCAUUUCCAAUUUAGUAAAAUUAGCACCAGAGUUGCCCCAUGUGAAACUUCCUCCAGCAGUCCGUGUUAUAUCUCAGGCUUCGCUCAGAAGUUCCCAGCUUGGAAGCUCAGGUGAGGUUGGUGCUGUUGAUGCUGGGGUUGAUAAGGCAUUUCGUGAUCCUAAUGCUUUUAACUGCUCUGCAGAUUUAGUAAAACAUAUGCAAGACAAAUCUAUGAUAUCAAAUCCCAGUUCUGUAAGCGUGACUUCACAGAAGGAUGAACUCUUGAAGAAUGGAUGUCUUACUAAAGAAAGAGGCGCAAACUUGGAUCCUCAAAUGCACCCUUUACUGUUUCGAACCAUUGAAGAGGGGCAUUUACCAUGCUACCCUGUUAACAGUCCUAUGAGGAUUCCUACUUUUAGUUUCUUUCCACCUACUCUACUUCAAAAUCCUUGCACUUCUGUUCCCGAUGCUGGCUUAAAAUCUUCGAGCCCAAAAGAAACUGCCCCACCAUCUUCCAGUCUAGAUUUUCACCCCCUGUUACAAAGAGCAAAGGAAUUCCGUUCCAACUCCUUAGAUACUGGUUUGGAUGCCUCUGUACUGAAUACUGAUCUGGAACUCUCUAGGGAUCAAUUCGUGGAAGAUAUUGUUUAUGAUGCUGGUGCAACUGCAGCUCAAAUGGCUGCUGCUGCUAGACCAAUCAGUCCCAGUGAUUUGGACUUGAAUAUCCACCUGAGCUCUGCAUCUAAAAGGAGAAAAGUUUCAAGUCAAGAAGGGGCUGAAAUAAAUCCAUCAAGUCCAUCAGUUAGUGGAUCAAGAGUUUUUGAGAGUGUGAAAGAGAGAGGUGGCAUGUGCAGUGAAUUUUCUCAAUAUGCUGAGCUUCAGCCUGCAGAUCUUGUUGCUAAGAGGCAUACGGAUAUACCUAAUCCUGAAAAGUCUGUUGCAGUGUUGCAUAAGCUUGAUAGUAAUGACGGCUUAAAUAUUGAUGAUGAUGUUGGUAUUCAUCCUCUUUUAGAAGUAAUAAUGGAACAGGAAGAAUUGAGUGAUUCUGAUGAAGAAUGGGAGGAUGUAGAGUUCGAGUAUGAAGAAAUGGCGGAUUCUGAUGGAGAAAAGGAAUCAGACGCUGUAGAAGUUGUCGACGGCUUUCAUAAGGAGCAGGUAGAUGCUGCAUUGGGCACAGUUACAGCUACCCACGCUCAGCUUUUGAAAUCACUUGCGUCUGGAGCUUCUGAACAGACUCAGACUCAGACUCAGACUCAGAGAAAAGGAAGAACUCCUAGGUUGGGUCUGGAAGGGCCAGGGAAAGCGAAAGGCCACACGAAGGGUUCCUGGUUAAGUUUGAAUUCUCAUCAUAAACCACAUUUAAGAAUCAAGAGGACAAAAAGUCCCUGCAAACAAGGUAAGGAAAUUUCAAGCUCAAAAGAUGUGUCUUGUUCAACUGAACCGAAAACUGAAAUUUCUCAGAAAGAACCCUUCUCCUUCUCCUCUCCAUCAAGGAGGACUAGAAAGCAUGCCUCUAAAAGCUCAUCAUCCCCUUUGGAAGUAAACUCCAGUUGUGUAAAGGAGGGGAAAGUUUAAUAUUCAGCAACAGGAACUGUUGCUUAUGUUGGUUGUAUCAUGAAAACAGUUGCUGACCAACUCAGAUUCCGGACAAGCUGGAACCGAAAGGCCUAUGACACACGGCUGGCCGGAGUCGCUCAGAACGAGAUGCACAAGUCUGUGGAGUUCUGGUAUUCCCUCCUCAUAUAUAGUGAAGUGGUUUUUGAUCGCCGUUUAAACUUCAUGUUUACUUGUACAUCCCUAGCCAGCCCUUCUUCGAGGAAGGGCGAAUUGUACAUAAUGUAUAUUUAUAUGUUAUAUCAUUCUUUUAUGAUGUUUUGCAUUC